CGUUGGCUCAUUGGCUCGGUAUAAGCGGAUAAUAAUAGUAAAAGUAAUCAUAAACAUGAAUUGUACUCUUAAUGUUUGCAGUUUUUUUGAACUCAUUCAAACCGCACUUACUACAUACUGCAAUCGAUCACCUUAACUUUUGCUGAGUGUUUUUAAGACGAACUUUUAUAGGUGAAAAGCUCCGCACUUCCCGCAGUUGGGGACGUCUUCGACGCACUUCAAGCAACGUUUGCGCAGCGCGCACUUCAAGCAACGUUUGUCAUUGUUUGGAGGUUUACGGCAAUGUACCAUUGCGUGUUUUGGCCAACCAUCUACUUUCUUUUUUUAAUGUAUGGCCAUUUCUAAAGAAGAAAUAAAAUGUUGUGAAUAGACUUUUGGAUGUCACAUGAUUUCUUCAUCAGUUUCGAUUUUGCGAUUGCGAGCCAUUUUGUCAGUGUAACUUUGUGUUCCAGCAGUUUGAAGAUGGCAUAUCAAAAACUGCUCAGUGGUCAGACAGUGUACGGGACCACAACUCCCGGGACCCCUGCCAUGUACGCCCCACCUACAUACUCUCCUGACCCCAGUGCUCCACCAGCCAACAUAUUUGACAGCGUGCCUGGCUAUGAAGGAACGGUGGCCGGAGGCGGAGGUGGAUUCCUGCCCCCUCCAGUGCCUUCCUAUCCAGUUCCACAACCUGAACCUGGGCCGUCACCAUCAAACUGGAAUAUCCCAUCUAUAAGUGAAGAUACUGCCCGAGGAGCCUUUGCCCUUUUUGCCUCAAGUCACUGUUGCUACAGUUCAAAGCCAGCAAAGGAUGGUGUGAUUACCAACAUGGAGGCCUUCAAUACAUACAGGUACCGCCUGGAAACGUUUACCGAGUCAAGAUCUACAGAGUGGAGUCAGGAGCCUUAUUCUGGUCAGCCUGUCGAUGCCUACUCCCAGCCACCUCCGGGGCCCUGGGAUAUUCCUGCCAAAGCCCCUUCUUAUUUUUUUGAUGGCAAACAAGUUAUCAAGGUUCCCUACACUUCAUCUGUGAAAAACUGCCAUUCUUGCUUGGGUAUGGGGAGGAAUCCUUGCAAAGACUGUGCUGGUGCUGGUAAUAAAGUUUGCUGGGUGUGCAAUGGAUCUGGUUACCGUCAUGAAGAUGAUCGCUGCAGCCACUGUAGUGGUAGGGGGAGAGAAAAUUGCGUCCAUUGCCAUGGCCAAGGAUCAAAGCAAUGUGCGACAUGCCGUGGAAAACAACAGCUUUUGGUCUACAUCAACCUGACUGUGAAAUGGAUCAAUAACCUUGAUGACUAUGUUGUGGAGCAGUCGAGUGGUUUGCAGGUAGCCAAUCUCAAGGAGGUGUCUGGAAGAGAGGUUUUUAGAGAUUCACAAUAUUUGGUGUAUCCAGUAAUUGGCUUCCCAGACCCUGAAGUUGUGCGUGCUGCCCAGCGCCUUGUUAGUGAACACCAGGGCACUUACUCUCAAUCAGCACGCAUUCUACAACAGCGUCAAACUAUAGAGUUGAUCCCUAUCACCAAGGUGACCUACAGCUGGAAAGGGAACUCAAACAUCUACUUUGUCUAUGGAAACGAGUUCAAAGUUAGUUCAGAUAACUACCCUGCUACUUGUUGCUGUUCAGUAAUGUAACUUUUCUGUUGCACUCAUUUUGCAAGUGAAUAUGCCAUCCAUAUAUGCAUGCAUUUUAAAAAAAAAAGGUAAUCAGAAAAUUAUUACACAGUGCUACCUGAAACUGCCAUGUAUAAUUUUGCUUUUAUAUCGUAACAACCAAUACCCAUGGCUGACGUGCCCUUGAGCAAGGCACUUAACCCAUCACCUUAACUUUUGCUGAGUGUUUUUAAGACGAACUUUUAUAGGUGGACAAUUCCGCACUUCCCGGAGUUAGGGAUGUCUUUGACGCACUUCAAGCUAUGUUUGCACAGUACGCAUUUCAAGCAAAGUUUGUCAUUGUUUAAAGGGUUGCGACAAUGUAUCAUUGCGUGUUUUGGCCAAACAUCUAUCACCCAAGUGACCUGCAGUUGGAAAGGGAACUCGUACAUCUACUUUGUCUAUGGAAACGAGUUCAAAGUUAGUUCAGAUAAUUGCCCUGCUACUUGUUGCUGUUCAGUGAUGUAACUUUUCUGUUUCGCUCAUUUUGCAAGUGAACGUGCCAUCCAUCCAUACAUGCAUGCAUAUUUUUUUUAAGAAGAAGCCAUUUCAUAAAAUGCUUACACAAUGCUACUUGAAACUGCAGUGUAUAAUUUUGUUUUUAUACCGUAACGAUCAAUACCCACGGCUGAUGUGCCCUUGAGCAAGGCACCCCCCCCCCCAGGCGUCACCAGUGAAGACUGGAUGUACUGGGCAGUUCCCAGGUGUAAAUGUGUGGAACUACGUGAAUGUUUUUAGCAGGGCAUUGCUGGAAAAGAACAUACAUGUUCGAUGUGCAACCUUGGGUAAAUAAAGGUUAAUUGAAAGAAAUGUAUGUACAUGAAAUGAAAUGUAUUCUCAUUUUUUAACCGUGAUAAAACUACCAAUGUAAAUGGAAUUGUACAAUG